AUGGCAUGCAUUAAAUUGAAUGCUACCUUGUUAAAAAUUGAUAAUUUGGAAGAGCAGGGAAGCGUAAAUGAUCUCGUACGCAGUGAAUCUUCUCAAUUGGUAAGGACCCUAUUUACAGACUGUAUAGUAUUAGUUUUAAAAUCGUCAAUGCAUCUGGUGGACGGGAAAUCUGAUUGGUUGAUCAGCAUCAUGAAAGAUUUUGAUUGGUUGCAAGUUCACAUAAACAAUAUUUUAUAAAUAGCUCGGUCAAUGUGACAAGGUCAAACGCAUGUAUCAAAUUCCAUUGUGUUUAUCGUAAUAGUAUUGUCGAAUUUCUUUUGUUUAAUAUGCUUUAUGGCUUUGACGAAGUUUGGACACACGACGCUGAAAGAACAGCAAAAGUCAUGUAUUCGAAAGCUUGUUGUUGACAGCCAUGCAUUUAAGGCCCAAGAUGUCUUUUCCGUUCUGCCAAAUGGCUUCGGCGACAGUCUUAUUCAUCAGGUCUAUAUACCGGCGUUGUUUUCUGAGCUAUAUCGCCUUCGUCAUGGUACGAUAAAGAAUUUCGUUAUUGCUGUUGUUAUCCCGUUAGAAAUUGUAUAUCCGCGUCCAGCAAGUUGAGACCUUGAGAAAGCUUAAGGUAUUCAAGCCGUUUGUUUUAAUAGAUCCCUCGUUUAAUGAUGUAGCUGCGUAAAUGUGGGGGGUGUGUGGGGGGGUGGUUCACCCCCCCAGGGGAAAAAAUAGUCGGUCUCAAAAUAAGUGCAGUCAGUGCAGUCGGUCUCAAAAUUAUGUAUCGGCGACUAAAUUAAUCAAUGAAGUAAACAAUGGCGAAAUAGACGGGCAAAAUCCAAAAUACUUAAUAUAUGUAUGAAUAUAUAUGAUGUAUUUACGUAUGAUUGCUUUGAUUGGAUAUCACAAUGCGCACCAAAGGUUCACGUAGUUUCCAAUUUUCCACGUAUGGAAAGUUUAACUUUAAGACGUUACGAUUAGAUUAGACGAUAUUAUAAAGGUCAAUUAGGUCAUUUGCGCAGGAUAUUCAAUAUUAGGAAAUAAUCUAUAAAUUAUAUAAUGCUGAAGCAGCUGAACUUAUGAACCCUAGACGUCGGACUCCGGUCUCCACAAUACUUUUAAAUCUCAAUUAAAAUACCUUUGGAAAUUUCCUAUACGUUCAGAUUUUAUAUUCCGUAUUUCCGUAGGCUCAAAACCAACGCAACUAAAAUAUUGCGAAUUUUUAAAUUUGAGCCGAGUAUGUUCGGUGUAACACGAUACACUUUUGUUACCACUGAAGUGGGUAUAUAAACCCUUUCAAUCACAUUGUCAGCAUAAACCACACGGGCAGCAUUAAUAUUCAGCAUAAACCUCGAGGACAUCAGAAUUUUCGAGACGCUCAUAGACCAUAGUAUCUUUAGGCUGUGACGUGUCGCGUGCGUAGGUUCUAUGCUUGCGAAGACGCUGUUAAUGCUAAUUAGAUAAAGCGAAAACACCCUUCCUAUAGGCGUGUGCGCGCGUCAUAUUUCUGAAUAGGUGCAACCUAAAUUGCAUACGUCACACGAAACUAUAGUAUAGAAAUAGUAUAAAAUAACCUUGGCAUGUAUAAAAAAAAUGUUUUUCACUCUUAUUCUGUUAUGAGUAAGUUGGUCUAAGAAAUUGAGAGAGCUUGUUACGAAGAUAUUGAUAUUUCAAAAUAUAUUCUUGAUUGUCAAAUACGAAUAAACGGAAUAGAAUAAUAUCUGUCGAACAGUUGGUAAGAAGUUAUCGGAAGCAUAGUUUUAUCUUUUGGAUUGGAGAAAGGAAAGGUUAGUUUGUUAACGCGUUUCAGAAACACGUAAAUAAACUUUAAAUUAUUAAAUGUAAAGUCGAUAUAUUGAACUUUAUUAAAUUAAGAAUUUUUACUCAACCCAGUAGAAAUAUAUACAUAAAACGUAUAUAAUCCAACAGCCAAGCCACACUAAGUGAUCACUAGGCUAAACCGUAUGUUACUUCCAGAUGCCUGUUGGAAGACGUUACAAAGUCAAGUGUGGAAUUUGUGGGUCAACGUUCAAUAACGAUUAUACCAGUAAGCACUGCCGCACUUCCCACCCCAGUUACAACGUUACCACACUCCCAACCACGGUAUGUAGAGAAUCUAACCAAUCUACACUUUCUGCACUCUUUGCAUCUCAUGUACAAGAACAAGCAAAGUCGCCAUCACGUUCACCUCCCAAUGACACUCAGUCUGACCAGUCAUCGGAUGAAGAGCAUCAACCUGAGGCACCCAUAGAAGUCGAGGAGGCCCUAUUUCGCGAGACAUGUGAAAACGAUCCACAGUCGGAGAUUGAGCAGCAGCAUGAGAUGACAAGUGAUGAAGAAAUGGUUGAUAAGCCAUCACCAGAGCAGCAACGAAACGUGAAUCGCGAUGAUCAAGUUGACAAAAUUACUUCUGAAAGUUCUGAUAGUUCGGAUUCUAGUAUUGCAGACACCGAUAUUGCAACUGAGAAUUCUACUGAAUGCUGGAUUACAUGUUAUGGCAAAUUACGGCAUUUGACAUCUACUGUUGGCGAAUGUCAAGAACUGCUUUCAGUUGCCGAUAAUGCUGAUGCCCCAAACCCAAAGCACUUACUUGGUGAUUUGGUGGAUAUUGUUCAGAGAAUAAAUGUUCAGAGUUCAUCUUUACUCAAGAUGGCUGUCAAUGAACUGACAAAGCUUGAUGAUGUCCCAUAUGAAGAAAAAUCUAAUAACCCUCUGGAUCAUUCUCCUAUCGAACGUGACCCGGCCAAGAGGCGGAAUAUAAUCUCUGACGCAGACAGGAUUUGCCUGAUAGACCAAGGCCAGCCCAAACUCACGCGUUAUCCUAGAAAUCCUAACAUAAAGGAUAAGAAAAAACAAUGUACGUUUUCAUCAGAAUGGUUCAAACAGUAUCCAUACCUAGAAUAUUCCCUCCACACAGACAAAACUUAUUGCUUUGUGUGUCAGUUAUUCCCUCAAUCUGACUCCAGGGAUGCUUGGAUUAAAGACGGUCAGAACGCGUGGGACAAGAUGAAAAGUGUCGGACAAAAGAAGAUAGGGAAGCUAUCCGCUCAUUUUGGUUGCAGUAGUCACAAAGCCGCGUUACAGCAGUUGGCUAAUUUCGUCGAUCCAAGAGGACACAUUGACUUGUUGAUGGAUAAAGCUCGACGAAAACAGAUGAUUGAUAGUGCAGCAGAAAUCGAACGUAACAGAGAUGCGAUCAAAAUUAUGCUCGAUAUCACUAGAACACUUGCACGUCAAGGCUUGGCCAUGCGUGGAUCUAGCGAAGAAAAUGAAGGGAACAGUAAUUUCAAUCAGUUCGUGCAGUUACUUUCGAGACAUGUGCCGUCUUUCAAACGGUGGCUAGCUGAUGCCCCCAAACGUCCUCAUGCUGCCAGAUAUCUUUCUCCAAAGUAUCAAAAUGAAUAUAUCAAGCUGGUUGGUGAAGAUGUUUCCAACAGAGUGACAGAAGAGAUAAAUAGGUCUGCAAUGUGGAGCGUGAUUGCUGAUACGACCCCUGACGUGUCUCACACUGAUCAAAUGGCAGUAGUGGCUCGAUAUGUUUGUCCGGAUUUCGGUCUUCCAACUGAACGCUUGGUCGACAUCAAAGACAUCAAUGAUAAAACCGGGGAUGGGCAAGCACUGGCGAUUAUCGCAUCACUCGACAGAAAGUGUCUUGAUAAAAACGGUAUUGCUUUCCAAUCGUACGACUUCACUGCAUCUAUGUCAGGUGUAUUCAGGGGAUGUCAAGCAAAGAUGCAAACUCAUCUCGAACGUGACAUUCCAUAUAUACCCUGCACGGCCCACAGAAUAAAAACGUCAGUGGAGCACAGCUGCGAGGCGAGUGUACCAGUAUGUGCACUUUUUGAGCUAUUGCAAGAGCUCUUCGUUUUCGUCACAUCCAGCACUAAGCGAUUCGAUGUUUACCGCGAGAAAGUGAAACAAUCCGACGAAGAACUGUUGAUGCUUCGCAAUCUGUCGGCCACGCGUUGGGUAGCACGCGAAGAAUCUAUUCGUGCCGUAUGGAGCUCCUACACAGUCGUAUUAGAAGUCCUCGAGGUCCUGACCGACUCCAAGUACGACACAAAAACACGAGUAAAGGCGGGAGCAUUGCAGGAUAAGAUGAAAUCUUUCAACUUCUUGGUGAUGUUGAUGUUCAUGAAAAACGUCAUGGGUAAGACCAAGUGUUUGACUACAGAAGUUCAAGGCAUCGAAAUGAAUAUAAUUGAUACCAUCGAAAGUUUCAAAGCAACCAUUACGACGCUCGAACACAUCCGCAAUGACGGCGAGGGCCUGGAAAAUCAGAUACAAGCGACUAAGUCUGUGGCCGAACAACAUGGCAUCGAUCCUGAUGACGAAUAUAACAGGCAUCACCGCCAACGCAAGAAGCCUCGUCGUAUCGACGAUCACCCUGAAACGGCAGCCAAUCUUUGUCUGGUGGAGCAUUACAGGAAAGAAUUUUUUGCGGUACUUGAUGCCCAAAUAAAUGCAAUAAAGGCAAAUCUGGAGGCUGUUACAAAUAUACUUCAACUGGCCGUGACCCUGCUUCAACCACCCUACAUUGGCCCAGUCGACAAUACAGAAUUG